AUGUCAUCGCCAGCAUCUUCUCCAGCAUCUUCAGCUCCAAGCCCUCCGAAGCGAACUCCCCGAAAGGCCGCGCCUCGGGGCAAGUGGAGCGAGGAGCAGUUGUUGACGAGCGACGAGUCCGUCCUUAUCGAUGCUGACCUAGUGAAGAUCCUGGCUAGACCCGAAACAUGGGACAUUCUUGAAGAAGACGAGAAACGCGAGAUUCUAGCUCUCCUCCCCGCAGAUACCCACCCAGCUUCAGAGCUUCCACCAGACGACAUCGACGCAAAAAUCCCCCCACUUCCGGAUUCGUUCGUUCGUUACUCUAAUAACUGGCGUGAUGGCAUUCGCCAGUUUCAAAUUGAUCUCCAGAACGGCCGAUUCGACCCAGAAUGGCUGCGCCAGGCUGAGACCGCGCGGCGGAAACGGGAGAAGGGCGACUUUGACUCCUUCAAGGAGCGCGAGUUCGAGAAGUUCUGGGGUCAGAAGCAGAGGACCGACAUGUCUGUGAUGUCGGGGGAGAGCUCAAAGAUCAAGCUCACCCAGCUUAUUGAAGCGGGUGUCUUUUUAGUUGGGGAUAUCUGGCGGUUCGGCUACGUCUGGGGCAAGGGACCCGACCGAGUGACUAUCGACAAAGAAGUCAGGAUACAUGAAAUCAAGGGCCAAAAGCUUUCGUUCGUCGUCCCUACCGGUCAACGGGUCUUUCUCCACUCGCAUGCGGUCACCAAAGAGCGAAAGGCAGAUUCUCUCCAAUACAAUGACUAUGACAUGGAUAUCCCUCAAAAGACAGAAUCUUCAGUGAAUGAGGCAUCUGAAUCAAAACCUAAAGAAGAGUUCUGCGCGACCGACAACCUGCAGAUAGAGGAGCUUCAACCUAUGGAAGGUCUCCAAGAAACGAAUACAACUCUAAAGCUGGAAGAGCCAGUUCCAGAAACCAAGCAAGAAGAUCCUACCGAUGGUGAGGCACUGAGAGUGCCAGCCAAACCGGAAGCAAAAACCCACAAUGAGAAUGGAUCGGUCCAAGUUGUGAUCGUUAGCCCACGGCAUAAUUUGACUACGGCCGAGCAGGGAUUCAAACGACCGGCACUACUUCCUGCCGUUGAACCUCCUGCGAAACGGAAGCGCGGACGUCCCAGGAAGCGUCCCCCUUCGCCUGUACCAGAGGUUGAACCUGAGGCGGAAACCCUGCCUGAACCUGGACCUGGACUUGACAUUGAGCCUGAGCGUGAGUCCAGAGUUCAGGUUAUAAUUGGAGCUAGGAAUUCUAGACUCCCACGAAAAGAGAUACUCUCACAAAUUCCUAUCCCUCCACCUGUUCCCGUGACUGCACCCGUAUCGUCCACAAACCACGACGCUAUGGAGUUGACAGAGCCCAAGCCCAAGCCUGAUGGGCCUGAAGCAAUGUCAUCACCCCUUUCACCAGCCCAGUCAAUCUCCCUAUCGUCACCACUAUCUGAACCCCCCGAAGGGUUCAUCAAUGACUUUACCGACGAGCGCAUCGAAGAACCCGUCAUCGAGCCUACUGAAGAGCUUGUGGACGAGCCUAACGAAGAACCUACCGAAGAGACAACGGGAGAGCACAUUGAACAACCCGUUGAAGAACCAAUUGUAAGGACUGCUGAAGAGCCCAUCGAAACCCCCGUCGAACAGCCAGCUGAAAAGCUCAUCGAAGAGCCUACACAACCUCCGUCUGAAGUGCAGACGACUUCUGACGAGCCCCUCGAAAUAAUCUUACCUAACAUCUCAACGCCGAUGGUCUUGGUCCGCGAGAUCCUCAAAAUCGACGGCCGGAAGGCAGAUAGUCGCACUUCCAAUUCCUGGAAAGAGAUUCGGUGUUAUCGCAAGAAUCAGGACAUGGGUAGUCUCUUCGAUGUGAGAUUAGCCUGGUUCUCCAAGCGGAAAUGA